AUGACAAGGUUGAAUCUUUAAAAAAUUAAUAAAAAUAAAUUUAAAGUCAAAAACUUAAAAUUGAUAUUAUUAAAUGGGUUUAAUUUGGAAAAUAAUUAUGUUAAUGUAGAUAUAACCUUAAAAAUAUCAUUUUUAUUAGAUGAUAUAUUACCAAUAUAGCAAUUCUUCCAACUUAAUUUUAUGGGAAAAUUCUUGUUUCGGAAGUUUAAAAUAUAGAUUCUACUUUUGUUAAUUUAACAUUUUUUGAGUUUAACAAACAAUUCUUUUAAGUAAAGAUUCAAAAAUUUACAUUCAAGAAUUGUUUCUUAAGUAAAUCUUCAUUAUUCAAUAUUGGCUAUAAUGAGAAAAUAAUAACGAUUGAAAAUAUCAUUAUAGGAAACUAUUCAAUAUUUUAUGACUUUGAAAUGUAUUCAUGUAACUUUACUUUUUCUUAUUUUAUCAAAACCAAUAUUUAUUUUGAAAUAAUUGGAAGUAAUUUAUUCACCCAUAAUGACAAUCUUAAAAAUUAAGUAAUUAUGAUUUUAACAAUAUUUUAGCAUUGAUUACAGUUAGAACAAUUCUGAAUAAUCUUAUAGAAUCUUCAUUAUAUCAUCAUUAUUUAUUUUUAAUCUAUAAAUAAAGGAAUUUGAUAAUCUAGUCCUUAAAUCAAUAAUUUUUAUAUUAGAGUUAAAAAUGGUAAAUUUUAUGAAAUAGAAUUUGUAUUUAAGUCAAUUUUUUUUGCAAAUAUUCUAAACUUCUUUAUUUGAUAUAUAUAAUAUUUUAUAUAAAAACAUUUACCUUUACUAUUUAUUUAAAAACUCAUUAAUAAAUUUAAAUUGUCAUUAUUUUCAAGUCAAAAAUGCCUAAUCCUUUUCAUUUGUAAGACUUGGAUAUGUUUUAUCUUGUUGAAAUUAACUAGAUUAUUUUGAUUCUGUAAUAUUUGAGAAUUCUUGAUUUGAACAUUAAGUUCCUAUUUCAGUAUUUUUUAAUGAUUACUGUAGAACGUUAUAGCAAGUUCUGGGGUCAGAGAAGACAGCUUCUUAGAUGA